GAUGGACAAAGCUGGAUUUCUUUAUGUGUCUUUUGAGUCUGACACCUGUGGUACAUCUCUCAAGCCUGGAGUAAAGUGGGCACGUCUAUAUUAUAUUCCUAGCUGUGAGAUUUAUAUAACCGUUGAGCCAAGCAUGAUUGGUAACCCUGCCUGGAAGUGUCGACGAAAAAAGAGAAGCAGUGCAAAACCACCAGGUUGCUGAUAGUUGCAGUCGCAGCCGCACAGCUCAGGUGCGAAACCAUCAGUCGCAGUUAGUGUUUUUACUGCGCUGUUUGCCAUGGCGACAAGCAGCGAACGGAUAAACAACAUGUUUGCCAACUCCUCCACUUGGCGUUCAAAGGAGGAAGAGCAGAAGGGUCGUGCAGCUAUCCAUGCCAGCCAGGUCAAUCGGUACAGCGCUGCCAAUGCAAGGGCCUUCGCGGGAAGCACAGUAAGCCAAGAGGACUUAGAGAAGGAGCGCGAAGCAUCACAGAAGCGGAAGGCUGCGGAAGCCAGCGAAUUGGCAGAGCUCUUGGAGGCACAGAAGACCGAGAGCGCAAAGGGGCAAAAGCUGGCCUUCGCCAAGGUUGACAAGGAAAAGAAGGAGAAGAAAAUGCCUGUCCUGGUGAAAAAGCCACGGACUGAAUCUGAGAAGGUUCAAGAAUUGAAUGAAACAGAAACUGCAGAAAAGCGAGAAGACUCUGAACACGCCAAAAUACCGGAGGCAAAGCCAGAGACAGCUACAGAUGGUGGGAUUGGCUUGGCAUAUUCUGACUCAGAGUCGGAGAGUUAAGAGAAUGAAAAAAUUAAUGAACAGUGUCUUUUCGAAAGACAACAUGUUCUGAGCAGCGACGACUUCAAGAUGCCCACCGCGGACUUCGAGAAUCCGCUCAGGAUCCUUCGGCGUCCUAGGGAUGGACGGAACAGCAGCACAAAGUGGCUGCUCUUUGGCGGUCUCACCGGCUCAAAGUGUCCCAGAUCCAAAAUGGCUGUGAUUCUUUGUGACUCACCUGUAGCGGAC